GGUUUUUUGAGCCACUGCCAUUUAUCCUGAUGGCAUCCUGAACUCCGAACUCCAUGGAGUACGACAAGGCCAUGGAGGAGAUGCCCUUGGAGCAGCCCCAUGCGGCCACCCUCAUGGGCAAAGGUUCUUCCCCAGAGGAGGACAUGCGCACCCUGCUGAUGCAACGGCAGACCCAGAUUCUGGAGCUGUUGGCAGGCCAGGACAAGAAGCUCUCGCAGAUGAUGAUCACGCUGGCGAAGACGCACGCCACCAGAACGGGAGAUCGUGGCAGCCCCGUGAUGCUGGGGGAGGGUGCUCAGGAGUUGGGGCCACGAAAGAAGCCCUCUAUGAGCUUCGUGCCCAAGUCCCCUGAUGUGUUCCGAACCUUCCAGAGGGAGGACCAACAGCACCGGGAGAUGGCCGCCUCCAAAGAUGGGGAGGUGCACCGCAAGAGGUUCGCCACCACCCACAUGAACGCCAGUGACGCCCCAUCCACGAGCUGGUCUCAGCGUCUGGUGGACUGGCCGGGCUUCGACAUCUUCUUCGCGCUGGUGGUGGUCACCAACUCGAUCUUCAUCGGCCUGGAAGUCCAGCACAGCAUCAACCCCGAGGAUCAAGGCACUGCGGUCUUUCAGAUCGCUGGGGCUUGCUACACAGCGCUCUUCACCCUGGAGCUCAUCUUACGGCUCCUGGCCAAUGGUUGCCGCAGGUUCUAUUGCUCGGAGGAUUGGGCUUGGGGUUUCCUGGACACCUUCAUUGUGCUCACCUCGCUGUGGGAGGCGGCCAUGGACGUCUUGCAGGCGCUGACCUCUCAGGACGGCACCUCCUCGGUGGGGGCUAUCUCAGGGCUCAAGGCCUUUCGCAUCAUUCGCAUCACGCGGAUCUUCAAGACGGUGCGUCUAAUGCGGAUCUUCCGCUUCGUCAUGGCGCUGCGUAUGCUGAUAACCUCGAUCUUCCACACCCUGAAGUCCUUGUUCUGGGCUUUGGUCCUGCUUUUUCUGAUUGUCUACGUAUUUGCUGUACUUUUUGUUCAAGCCGUCAGCGAUUACAAGCUCGAUGCAGGCAAUGCCGAGUUCACCGCAGAAGAGCUUGCAGCGGCGGAGACGUAUUACGGCAGCCUGCUGUCCACCAUGAUUGGGCUCUUCAUGAGCAUCGCUGGGGGCGUGAGCUGGGAAAAUAUGCUGCUGCCGCUGAAGACCGUCUCUGGGGUGUGGGUGACCUUCUUCCUCUUCUACGUGGCGUUCACCUACUUUGCGGUGCUGAACGUUGUGACAGCAGUUUUCUGCCAGUCAGCUAUAGAGUCAGCGCAGAACGACCAGUUCACAGUGGUUCAGUCGAUCCUAGCCAACAAGGAGAAGCACUUGCAGAAGGUUUCUGAGCUCUUCAAGCGCCUGGGGGCAAACAACGCCACAAUCACCUUCCAGAUGCUUGAGGAGCAGAUCAAUUCCGACGCAGGUGCCGUCCUGAUCAACUACAACAACAACACUGGCCUCGACAUUUGGGAUGCCUGGACAUUCUUCAAACUCCUGGAUGCCGAUGGCGGCGGUGAGGUGGAGGUGGAGGAGUUUCUCAUGGGUUGCCUCAGGCUGCGAGGCCCGGCCACUGCCAUCGACAUGGGCAAAGUGAUCAAGGACCAGAACUGGCUGAUCUCAACGCAAGGAAAGUUCGCAGCCCACGUGGAGGGCGAACUUCGACAGAUGAAGGAAUUGCUGAGCAGGAUGGCAAGAUGAUCGCAGUGUGCGCAAGGUUUGCAGCCAUCAGACAUGGACAAAUCACAUUUUUUCAAGGACAACCCAGCGCAGUCAGCGAAGCUGAUGGCAGCUGAUGCUGGAGAGGCAGGCUGCAUCCGUACGGACGUUCAGUGCAGUCUACUGGCAAUCUCCAGGGUUGUUGUUCUGAAACGAAUACAAAUAGGGGAACCCAAGAGGGUCCCCCAAGAAAGGUGACCUCGUCAUGCACACCCUGCCACCCUGGUUUCAGGUUUCAGACUUGGAC